UUAGGAAGAUUAACUUUUCUGUGACAGUGGAGUUUUUGAUAGCUUCGUCGUCUUUCUCGUCUUGCCCAGCUUCGAUCUCUCUCCUUCUUUUCCUAUCUCUUUUCUCUCUAUCUCUCUUCCAGUUUUGGUGAUGUCUCCUCUGGUAUUUGGGGCCUGAGGUUUAUUGCUUGAAGACUGGAAGGGAAUUCAGGACCGAAAGAUGUUGGAUGGGAUUCUCGGCCGGGGAUUUACAUCCAAAUGCAAAUCCCUGAUUAAAUUGACCAAAAGUCGGAUCGAUGUGAUACGGAGAAAGAAGAAAGCGACUCUGAAAUUUCUGAAGAAAGAUAUUGCUGAUCUGCUCACAAAUGGGCUGGACAUUAAUGCUUAUGGAAGGGCUGAGGGGCUUCUAGUUGAGCUGACAAUUUUUUCCUGUUAUGAUUUCGUGGAGCAAUCAUGUGAUACUGUGCUGAAGCAUCUUCCGAUCAUGCAAAAGCAGAGGGAAUGUCCUGAGGAAUGUCGUGAGGCUAUUGCAUCUCUCAUGUUCGCCGCUGCUAGAUUUUCGGAUUUGCCAGAAUUGCGUGAUCUCAGGCAAAUUUUUCAGGAGAGAUUUGGGACUUCUUUGGAACAUUUGAAGAACCAAAAGUUUGUUGAAAAUUUAGCUUCCAAGCCGUCCACAUUGGAGAACAGGGUUCAGUUAUUGCAAGACAUAGCAUUGGAAUUUUCAAUCAAGUGGGAUUCUGCGGGUUUUGAGAAGAGAAUGUCCACUCCCCCAGCCAACGCUCAGGGCCUACCUAAAGCAGUAGAAAAAAGUCCUUCUCGUACUAAGGAAAUUGAUCUUAGGGUGGGUAAGGAUGAUGCAUCAAACAAAGAAAGUUUUGAGUAUGCAAAUGGCAGGCACAGAUUCCCCAAUCCCCCUGAUAGUACCAUUUCAGGAGGAAAAGAAUUGAAGUUUCAAUCUAGGCAAGAAUUACCCGGAAAUGGACACGAGAAGAGAGUACAUGAAAAAGAAGAGGCGAACUUGUCAUUUGAUGGCCGCAUAAAUCAUUAUGGAGUUAAAGGUUCUACAGUCAAUAAGCAUGAAGGUAGAAAUGGGACAGUGAAUUCUAGCCCCAGGACUGGUAGAAUGGGCAGUUCCUCUUCGAGUGAAGUAUUAGGAAAUGCUGAAGAAGGACAAUUUGUGCAUAAUGGACACGAGAAGAGAGUACAUGAAAAAAAAGAGGCAAACUUGAAAUUUGAUGGCCACAUAAAUCAUUAUGGAGUUAAAGGUUCCACAGUCAAUAAGCAUGAAGGUGGAAAUGGGACAAUGAGUUCUAGCCACAGGACUGGUAGAAUGGGAAGUUCCUCUUCGAGUGAAGUAUUAGGAAAUGCUGAAGAAGGACCAUUUAUGCAUAAUGGCAGAGAACGGACUGGUCCUGAUUACUUGAACUCUUCACCCUACCAUAAUCCAGGUCCUGCUCCUAUUACUAAGCAUGAAGUUAGAAACGUAAUGAGAGGCUCUGCCUUCAGGACUACUGGUACAAUAGGCAGUUCUUCCAGUGAAGUGUUGGGAGAUGCAGGUGAUGGACCUGUUGUGCAUAUUGGCAGAGAACGGGCAGGUGCAAAUUACUUGAAGUCUUCGCCUUACAAUAAUCCAGGUGUUGCUCUGAGUGGUGCAGGAUUGCACCCGAAGAGUGACAUCAAAGAGGCAUCAUCUGGUAAUACCCAUACUGCACACAAGGGAAGAGGAUUGCCAUUUAAGAGUGAUGUUAAAGAAUCAAUAUUUGGUAGUACUCAUACUGAGGAGGAUAAACAUCAUAAUUUGAAACCCAGCUACAACAGUACCCUCCCUCCAUAUAAAGUCAACUCUAGAAGGAAGGAUAAUAAGGAUAGGGGCCAAUUGGAAUUAUCCCGUACAGGCCAUGACAACAAUUGCAUCUCGACAGAUCUUCAGAAACAUGUCAAAUUGGAAAUGGUUGCAGAUGUAAUCCAGUUAGAACCACGCCAUUCUGACCAUGAGAGGCAGGUUGCUAGUCCUAUGAAGACACGUAAUCGGGAUGGUGAGAUGGAUCAUGUCUUUGGUGCUAGAAUACCCCCUGAUGCUCUGCCAAAACCAAAAUCAGUGCGAAGAAGGCACCAUAAGCCACGGUCCAGUCAUGCAGUUGAUGACAAUGUUGAGGACAUUCGAAUGGUGAGAAAGAAUUCGAGAAGGAGAAGAGAUGAUAAACGAGGCUUGCAGCUGUUGGUUGAUGAAGAGGAUAAUGAAAAGGAUGAAGAAGAAAGGAUAAUAGACAACCUUUUGAUCCAUUACAGUAAGAAACCCGCAACAUUUGAACCAGGAAAGAUGAGAAGGAAGCCUAAAAUUCAUCUUGCUCCUGCCAAGUGCCCUUCAAAUAAAAUAAGCAGAGAUGGGGCUAAUAUGCAGGCAGAUACAGUUCCUCCACCAGCACGAUCAGUUUCGGUACCUCGUGAACAUCAUCUGGGACCAUCAGAAGCAACAAAAGUAUAUACUCGGGCUGCUUCCUUUCAACCAGAUCGAUCAAGUGAAGCUAAACACGUCCAUCCGAAGUUGCCUGACUAUGAUGAUUUGGCUGCUCGAUUUGCAGCCUUGAGAGGAGGGUAAACAGUUUCAUUAUACACUACAUAUCCUCUGAGAUCGCCUGUGAACUGGUGAUGCGCCCAUAAUCAAGCAUUCCAAGUGUGUCUUCUCUUUUGGUUGCCUCUCACACGAACAUUUGUGUAUAGCCCUUACGUGUAUGUGGGGGCUGCUGCAUCCUGUCGAAUCUCACAUACGAUGGUCAUCACUAGUUUUUGAAGAAGUAUACUGUUAACCCGUAAUAGCGUUUGUACAACCUCAAAAUUUCAAAUGAUACCGAUGUUGAUAGCCAAAUGUAGAUCGACCCCAUUUUCGUGUUGAGAUUGCUAGUCUUGUGCUUCAUACUUUUUAGGUUUCCCUGUUUAUCCCAUUCAUUCAAAGGGAACAAGUGUCUUAUUCUUUAUUUAAAAAACCAUCUUGCUUCUGA